CAUGGUUACUGGCACCGUGGCACUGGUCUUUUCGGCUAUUGGUGUUUUACUUUCCGGUGUUAUCAUAUCAAAAUUUAAACCAAAAGCACGUUAUCUGGCCGCUUGGAACAUUUUGGUGGAUAUUGUUACAUUGGCUGGCAUGAUUGCCUAUGUGUUUACUGGCUGUGCGGCAAAUGAUAAUUCUCUAAUAAAUAAUGCCAGUGAUAGUAUUUUGAAUUCAACAUUAAGUUGUAAUGGCAUUUGUCACUGUGAUUAUGUACGCUAUACGCCAGUAUGUGGUGAGGAUAUGAGGACAUAUAUUUCACCAUGUCAUGCCGGAUGCAAGGGAGAACAUAUGGAUGCUAAUGGUGUUAAGAGUUACUAUGACUGUUCCUGCAUACCCACCACUACGAAUCAAACAUUAAAUAAAAAUCCUUUAUUUGAACCACUAACAUUGACGGAUCUCAACAGUUCUUCCAUGAAUGGAACAAAUCUAUCCCUCGGUGUUGGAGGUCAGGCCAUGGCUGGUGCCUGUCCCGUCAAUUGUUAUAAUCAAUUUAUAACAUUCUUGGUGGUUAUGUGUACCAUUAAAUUCUUUGCUGCCACCGGUAGAGCAGCCAAUAUGUUAAUUACAAUGCGUUCAGUACCGCCCGAGGAUAAAUCCGCCAUUAUGGGUUUCGGCAUGAUGUUCAUUUCGUUGGUGUGCUUUGUACCCGCACCCAUUUUAUUCGGUUGGAUAUUUGAUAAAUAUUGUUUAGUAUGGGGUAAAACAUGUACCAAUAAGGGCAAUUGUUGGCUGUAUGAUUCCGAAAGUUUGAGAAUAACACUAAAUACUGUAGCUGCCAUUUUUAUUUGCAUAAGUACCCUGUUUAAUGGUGGUGUUUGGUAUCAUGUCAAAAAUCUUAAAGUAUUUGAUGAUGAAGAUGAAAACGGCACCGAAAUGAAACCUAUUCCUACAAAUGGUGAUGAAUAG